GCUCGGCAGAAGGGAGGGGCGGGGCAACCCGUGGGAGUGACGGCUUAACCCCUGCCUGGGUGGGGAUUCCUGAGGAUUUGCAUUCCCUUCUUUCCUUCCAGCGUUAAGGAUCUUCCGGCGGAGUUUAGAGACUCGCAAGCUCAACAUGUCUCGAAAUUUUUCUGACACCCGGUAGCAAGAAAGACAUGUUAAAAUUACAAGUGGAGCGCAAGCCUGGAUUUCUGGAGCGCCUCAGUGAAACUUCUGGAGGGAUGGUCGUAGGACUUGCUGCAUUUGCCCUCUCCUUUUACAUUCUUUUUACCAAUGAGGGGCGAGCUUUGAAGACGGCCUCCUCUUUAGAAGAAGGGCUUUCUCUAGUGGUCCCUCUUGACGACAUCCAGAAUGUAUUACAAGAGAAUGAAAGGAAACUCGUGCACCUGUCGGGUCCCCUUAGAACUUCAAAGCCUUUAUAUGAUCCCAGCUAUGGACUUUCUAUCCGGGCUGUCAAGCUGAAGCGUAAUGUAGAGAUGUAUCAAUGGGUAGAAUAUGAAGAUUCCAAAGAAUAUGAAGAGAAUGGUGAAGUGAAAAAAGAAACCAGAUAUUCAUAUAAUACUGAAUGGAAAUCGGAAGUUGUGAACAGCAGAAAUUUUGAUCGGGAAAUUGGUCAUAAAAAUCCUAGCGCCAUGGCUGUUGAAACUUUCACUGCAGUUGCUCCUGAUGUCCAAGUGGGCAGAUUCUUUCUUUCCAAAGGCCUUGUUGAGAAGAUUGAUAACUUCAAACAGAUGAGCUUGUCAAAACUGGAAGAUCCCCAUGCUGAUGUGAUCCGCUCAGGGGAUUACUUUUUUCACAGUGAGAAUCCUCGACGUCCAGAAGUAGGAGAUCUUCGUGUUUCUUUCUUCUAUGCAGGUUUGAGUGGAGACUCAUCCCACCUGGGUCCAGCAGAUACAGUGACAGUAAUUGCUCGUCAACAAGGGGACCAGUUGGCUUCAUACCGAACCAAGGCUGGGGAAAUCUUGCAGAUCCUCUAUCCCGAUGAGCUCUCUGCUGAGGAGGUGUUCCAGAAAGAACAUGAAAGUAACAACAUGAAGACCUGGGGCCUCCGUGCAGCUGGAUGGAUGUCUAUGUUUGUAGGCAUCAGCCUUAUGACCAGGAUUCUUUACACCCUGGUGGACUGGUUUCCAGUAGUCCGGGACCUGGUUAACCUUGGCCUGAAAGCAUUUGCCUUUUGCUUAGCCACUUCUCUGUCCUUGCUGACCAUUUCAGUGGCUGGCUCUUCUACCGGCCUCUCUGGGCAGGACUGAUUGCCCUGUUGGCGGCGGUUCCCAUUGUGAUUGCGAGGUCCCGGAUUCCACCCAAGAAGCAGCAGUGAUGCCGUGGAGAAGGGGCCUCAGGGUGCACACCCGAAUCUCUUUGGAGACACCCAGAACUUCUCAAGCAAUUGCCGCUGAGUAUGUGUAGGAUUUGUUUUCUGUUUUCCAAAACGAAAACUCCUUGACGUUGCAAUCCAGACAGUAUGACACCAAAGUGUUCCGCGACGGACCUAGAUGCAGAACAUGUGUACAGUUUUUAUUACGUAACCAAGUGAAAAAGUGCAACUGUCUCAGCUUGUCUUUUUUUAAGUUGAUGGAAACAAAAUGGUAGAAAUGGAAUAGAAUUUUUGUGUGCCUGAUAUUAAGCACAAUCAAGCAAAGCUGCCUUUGCAGCUUGAUUAAAACAGUCCGGCGACCCUCAUAAGGAAAGGAUGGGUGGUUUGUUGUAUUGAUGAAGACCACAUCAGGUUUUUGAAAAUGUGUAAAUCAUUAGGGGUUUUUUGUGCCUUUUCCUUGCUUAUCUGUUAAAGUUAUAUACUUUGAUGCUAGGAGCUUGCAUGAUGUAAGGGUAAAAUGGCCAUGUUAAAGUAUUUUUGGACUGUUCUCCCCCCGCGCCCCCGUUGCAUCCCAAUUUUAAGUGUGCCUAGAGCUUUAUCUUGCUCCCACUCACUUUUUCUGUAGUCUGGUAGAUGCUAAGUGAACUGAGUAGGGAUUCUCCAUAUGAAGAACCUGCUUUAUUUGCCAAAAAAAAAAAAGAUUUUAAUGGUUUAAUUAGGAAAUUAUGACUUAAAACCAAAGCUGUAUCAACAGCCUCAGGAUACCACCUUUCUUGCAUUUAAGCAGAGGAAUGUAUUAUUUUCACUGAAAGGUAGUAAUCAUUGCAACAUAAUAUUUCUGCAUGUAAACCUCUGCAAGUACUGUUACUGUUUUGUGUUCCAUGCCUCUUACACUCCUGCAGCUAUCCUUUGUAUUUGGAAAAAAGGGGUAAACUCCAUACAUUUUACCUAAAAUGUCUGAAGAGUUAAUCCCAUUGUUGUUAGAUUCCUCAUAGUGUCUCCUGGAGGGGAAGAGUCACAUUCUGGGAAAGCAGAUGAUAACUAUUUUAAUAUUGUCUGGUCUUUUCGUAUUCUUGGAGCUUGGAUACUGCUGUGCAAGGAGUCUGGUCAUUGCUUGAAUAGGCAGAUGAUCUCAACCCAGACCCAGCAAAAUGGAAUUGACUAUAUCGGCUAUAUAAGAAGCUUGAGGUGGUAUUGGUUAACAUGUUGUUAUGAUGUCAACUGUGUGCUAGAUAAUUGCACAGAUGAAAAUAUUAAGCCGGGUUUUUUGUAAGCCGAGGAGUAAAUUCCAGACAGCAGCACUUGAAAUGCUUGGGUGGUUGUUUUUUU